UUUAACCGAAUUGAUAAUUUUCGUUAUUUUUUGAUUUUUGCAUUUCUGAUUUCAUUUAUCUUGAAGUUGAACCGAAGCUCUAUCGAGUUUUAAUUUAUUUUAUUCAAUUUGUGAUAUGUUCAUUCUAGUUAAAUUGUAACCAACUGUAGCACACCAUCACCAUGAUUUGUUCAGCUUCCAAUUUGAUUGUGAUACUUUUUACGCUUCAUCCCUUCAUUAUUUGCGGUAUUUUUGCUAAAACCAACUCUACGAUCCUAACAGCGGAGAAAUCAGUGUAUGUCCGAGAUGCAUCGAGGAAUGAACCUGCGAUAUUUUGCCACAAAGCUGAACCUAAACAAGUUAGCAGCAUGUGGCAAACAAUUUCGAUAUCUAUCAAUUUGAACGAUGAUAAUUAUGAAAAGUUCGAAGGCAGUACUCCCGAAGAGGUGAUGGAGAAUUUCAAAUUGCAUCAAUCGUCGUGGUCACCCAGUAUUCUACCGUUUUGGAAACGCAGAGAUAUCAAAAUUGAUCCGUUUAGUUCAACAUGUGUUGGUAUUCAAACCUCAAAGCCUUACGAAAUUAUCAUGAACGUUAAUUAUGUUGACAAUUGGCUGUUAUUUAAAUUCAUAAUUGGGGUGGUUUUAUUCUUGAAUGCGAGCAAAUUAUCCGAUAAUCAGUUAUUUUAUUACAUUUGUGGAAUUACUUUCGGAAUCUGCGGUUCCCUUGUGAUAGUUAUAUAUUUAUUUAGUCGUCUGCUACCAAAUAGACCAAUGAUGUAUGGAAUGGCCAUCGGCGGAUGGACCCUAUCGGUAUACUUCUUGCAAUAUUUAUUAGAAAAUGUGAAAAUGAUAAUCCUCGAUUACUACCAAUAUGUGUUCGGUUACAUCGGUAUCAGCGGAUUGAUUAGUUUCGCCAUCUGCUAUAGACUGGGUCCACUUACCAAUCCACGUAGCAAAAAACUCAUUCAAUGGUCCUUGCAGGGAGCUGGUUUACUGCUGAUUUUCUACAGCAGCUAUAUGUACGAGCUGACGUACCCAAUUGAUCUCAUUCUGUUGCUAUCGCGAAUUACACCAUUUUCAUUUUUCUUCACCGCUGCGAAAUAUUUGAAAAGUAAACUGUUUCGACCUCGAGUGAAAUUAUUAACGAAAAAAGAAUUCGCUGAGCAAGGUAGAAAAGAGACAAUAAAAGCUUUAGAAGAAUUACGAGGUUAUUGCUCUAGUCCUGAAUGCAAACCGUGGAACACCGUGUUGAAACUCAAGAAUCCUGUCAGAUUCGCCGAAUUUAUGGAAGGUUCGUUUCACGUAUCAGACGACGAAUUAGAAGAAUACGAGAGUUUGAGUAUUAAACCGAACGGUACGAUAAUUACAGACGAUUCGGAUGACGUUACAGAAUAUACAGAAGAAGACUGAGCAACGAACAUUUAUUUUUUGUAGCUAUGUAUAAUAUUUUACCAAGAUCUCUUUUGUUUCGUGUGUUUGUAGAUUUUUAAAAAUGUAUUAUUUAUGUGUUUUUUUUUGUACAAAGAAUUUCUAUUUUGUGGUAGUUUUGUAAAUUCAGUGUUUUUUAAUUUUACGUGUGUACCUUUUUGUCGAGCCUGUGAACGAAUUACUUUUAGUAUCGUAAACUUUCAGAUUUUUUACUCAAGUGUACUUACUCGAAUAAUGUGAAGUUUUUUAUUGUGAUCUUUAUUUUACUGUUGUAAUAAACUCGUUUCGUGUG